GGGGUUUGGAGAUGAAAACAAGAAGAAAGUGAGGCUUGUUUCCCCCCCCAGGUUUGAGGAGAGAAAACGGGAGGUUAGGAGGACGCUGUCUCCGCCGCAUGAAACGCCAGAAAAAGAAAACUUGCUACCAAACAAAGCGGGAGUUUCUGAGCUGGACCUGAAGCUGAAGCCGAGGAGUGUGAAUGUCUUGGGCUGAGUGUGAGCAGCAGUGAAGGAUGCCAGGAUGAUGCCCUCCUCUCUGAUCCUCCAUCUGCUCGUCCUGUGGCUCAGUGGUCUCAGGCUGGUGCGCAGCGUCGAGCGCUCCUCCACCCGGGAGCGCUUCAAGGUGGUCAUCGCUCCUCUCAUCUGCAAGAGGAUCUGCUUGAAGGGCCACUGCCAGAAUACCUGCGAGCAAGGCAACAACACCACACUGAUAGCUGAGAACGGACAGGGGGCAGACACGCUAAUCGGACCGGGCUUCAGGGUUGUUGUCUGUCCACUCACCUGCCUGAAUGGAGGAGUGUGCAGCUCCAGAAAACACUGUCUCUGUCCUUCUGGCUUCACCGGUCGCCUCUGCCAGUUUCCACUCCAACACACGCAACAGGCCCAGGCAGCGAGGGGAAACAAGCAGCCCGUCUACCCAGUAUCCCUGAAGCCAGACGGCCAGAAACUGGUGGAGCGCUCAAGCAUCACUCUUACUCAGCGGACGCAAACACACUCAGUCUUCACCCUACCUUUUUCCCAAGGGCACCACUCAUCUGAAGGAGUGCAUAUAAAAGUGCGUGUUCACCACACACCCGACACCUCAGUGGCCAUUCAACCGAUCGACCAACCAGAGGUGAAACUUCCUCACAAGACACAAGUGCCCCGUCCAAUCCCAUCCAGGCACAAACCCAAGGGUCGCUGCUUCCAGGAGACCACGCCCAAACAGGCCUGUAACAGCACGCCACUUCCUGUUCUGACCAAUCAGGAGGAUUGUUGUGGCAGCGUGGGAAACUCCUGGGGACAAAACAAGUGUUACCAGUGUCCCAAGUUACCAAAUGCGUCGGUCAAACAGAACAUCGUGGAAGACUACGGCUCCACGUGUCCGCAGGGAUACAAAAGAUUCAACAGUACACACUGUCAAGACAUCAACGAGUGUCAGAUGCAGGGCAUCUGCGAGAAAGGAGUAUGUCUCAACACGCUGGGCAGCUUCAAAUGUUCCUGUGGACCAGGUUUGGUGCUGGACAGGCAUCGAUGCAUCGUUGAAAAAGGCCAUUCCUGGUCUCCCCUGUCAGAGUCUCCAGCAGAGCAGGCUCAGUGCUUCCGCCUGGUGAAGGACAGAGAAUGUGAGCUUCCCAUACCCACACCCAUCACCCAGGCGAUGUGCUGCUGCACAGUGGGGAAGGCCUGGGGCCGUAACUGUGAACCCUGUCCUCCAGCCAACACCGAGGCCUUCUGGAAAAUCUGUCCCGCUGGGAAGGGCUACUCCUGGCAGGAGAUUAGAGGAACCCUGCAGAUCCCCCCCUACAUUUACUCGCCCGACAAUGAUGGUGAUAAGCGGCCGGAGACGACGACCACAGUUCAUGCAUCCACGACCACCACCAGCAGCAGUCCUCGUGUGCCUGUUGUCAAACCACCUCCUCCGACAGCAUUCCGAGUCACUGAAGGCAACGAUCCCUUGGAAACACAGACAAAAGUCUUCCCAGAGACAGAUGAAUGUAAGCUAAGGAACAUUUGUGGUCAUGGGGAGUGUGAGAACAGACUGAACGGCCACACCUGUCACUGUCACCCUGGCUACCAUCUCAACCCGCAGAAGAACAUCUGUGAGGAUGACAAUGAAUGUGUGUCAGAGCCCUGUGGUCACGGCAAAGGCCAGUGCAUCAACAAUGAAGGAAGCUACAAAUGCCUGUGUAGUCAGGGCUACAAACACAUGGUGCAGCAUGGAAGGCUCAAGUGCGUCGAUGUAAAUGAGUGUUCUAAGCAGGACAUCUGUGGUGUUGGAGGCAAGUGUAUCAAUCUAUCGGGUUCUCACACAUGUGAAUGUCACCCUGGAUUUAGGAGCAAGUCGCCACGUAACCCCGUUUGUGAAGAUAUAAACGAGUGUUUAAAGCCCGACACUUGUCCCAAAGAGCAGUGUGAGAACACUCUAGGUUCUUACGAGUGUGUUCCCUGUUUGCCUGGUUAUGAAGCUCGAGCCGGAAUCUGCCAAGACAUUGAUGAGUGUCAGAAGCACGGCAUCUGUCCCAACGGUCACUGUGAGAACCUGGCUGGUACUUACCGUUGUCUUUGCAAGGAGGGCUUCAUACCAACUUCCGACAGCAAACGCUGCAUUGACAUUGACGAAUGCAAAGAUGACAGACUGUGCGCCUACGGACGCUGCAUCAACACAGACGGCUCUUUCCACUGUCAGUGCUACAUAGGAUACAAACGCACGCAGGAGGGCAGCCACUGUGAAGAUAUUGAUGAGUGUGAGAGGCCGUCGAACUGUCAGAAAGGUCGUUGUAUCAACGGGAUGGGCUCCUAUGUCUGUGAGUGUCCUGAAGGCUACACACUGGUGGGAGGCAGGAGAUGCCAAGACAUUGACGAAUGUGCUGUGAACAGGAGACUGUGCCAGCCCUUUGGCACUUGUGAGAACACGCAGGGUUCUUUUGAGUGUGUCUGCAACCAUGGUUAUGUCCAGUCAGAAGACAAACGCAGCUGUGAGGCGGUUCGAAUCCUGACAGAGGAGAAGAAGGAGUGUUACCUGAACCUCGACGACACGGUUUUCUGCGACAGUGUUCUGGCCACCAACGUCACCAAGCAGGAGUGUUGCUGCUCCAUCGGAGUGGGAUGGGGCGACCACUGUGAGAUCUACCCCUGCCCUGUCUCUCAGUCAACUGAGUUCCACUUCCUGUGUCCAAACGGCCAAGGUCUCUACUAUAAUGAAGGACUCCAGUACAGCCUGCCUGCCUACCAAGAUAUCGAUGAAUGUUUUUUGUUUGCUGAAGAAAUCUGUAAGAAGGGUCGCUGCGAGAACACGAUGCCGGGCUACGAGUGUUACUGUCAACAGGGCUUCUACUACGACAGCAACCUUCUGGAGUGCAUUGAUGUGAACGAAUGCCACGACGAGUCUCUGUGUACUCACGGUCAGUGCAUCAACACUGAAGGCUCCUUCUACUGCACCUGUAAGCAGCCCUGGACUCCAGACGCCAAUAAGAAGAACUGUGUGAUUGCGACCGUAGCAGAUGUGAAUGAAUGUGAGAACCAAGCCAACUGUAAGAAUGGUCACUGUGUGGACACGCCGGGGUCGUACUACUGCAUCUGCUCCCCACCCUGGAUCCUGGCCAAUGACCGCAACAGCUGCGUGACUCCAGACGAACAGGCGGAUGUGAAUGAGUGCCAGGACCCCUCCUACUGUAAGAACGGGAGGUGUGAGAACACGCCCGGCUCCUUUCACUGUUUUUGCAGCCCUCCCCUCACCUUCAGUGCAGCGCUGAAACAGUGCGUCUAUGACGUCUCCAUUUUGAUCACAGAUCGCACUGCUGCCCACAAGGACGUGUGUUUCCUGCGGGUGGACGAGGGUUUGAUCUGCAGCGAGCCUAGAAACGGCAUGGUGGUGACCUACUCUGAGUGCUGUUGUUACUACGGCCGUGGAUGGGGGCCAGAGUGUAACACGUGUCCCUCCAGAGGCUCAGAUAUGUUCAGUCGUCUUUGUGAGAUGCACCUAGAGACAGAGUCUGACGGGGAGCAGGAUUUCCUCCCAUCUUUUCCCAAUUACAACCCAGGCGACAGCUCAGAGGAGGAUUCAGAUGAAUGUAGCUGUGUAAAUGGCCGCUGUGUCCGCUCCUACCUGGGCAUCAUGUGUGAAUGUAACACUGGCUUCAGGCUGGACCACUCCCUCGCACGCUGUAUAGACAUUAAUGAGUGUGCAGAACCAGGAGCUCACAUCAGUCCCUGUAAAAACGCCCGCUGUGUGAACACUGAGGGCUCCUACAAGUGUUUCUGCAAACACGGCUUCACGCGCAGGGCAAAUACAUGCAUCCGCCGCAGAAGUCGGUAACCUCUGUGUUCAUCCCUGUCUGUUAUAUGCAACGCACGCUGACCCCACACCGGGCCAGUGUCGACCCACAGAUGGGUCAGGGGAGAUAUAUUUUUAUUACUUGGUCAUGAAAAGAUUUUGAAGAAUAUUUUUUCAGUCCUUUGAAUAUGGUUUUUAUGUACAUGUUUAAGAAAAUGCAUACAACUCAGCGAUGGUUGAUUUAUUAUCCAUAUAGAUCAAGGAACAGAAAUAGCUGUAAAGAGGUAACAUUUGCUCUUCUCACAUUUUUUCAGGCCCACCUAAUGGACAAUAUUAAUCUAUUAUAUUCUCAAAAAGCAGUUUUUUUAAAAAAAAAAACAAAAAUAUAAAAUAUAUUAGCUCUACAGCACAUUCAUCUCACAGUACAAACGUGUGACUGUGUGUUUGCAGUAAAACUGUUGGUAUGUUGAUGUUCUAGAUAGCCAGUAGAGACAAGUCGACGUUAUUGUAUUUGCUGUUCUUACUGUGUAUGAAUGAUAUUUGCUUUUUGUUUCCUUUAAUGCAAGGAUCCUUCAGCUCUUACUUGGAUUAUUUUUAUGUCAAGGCCCCUGGUGUUUUGAUGGGGAUUUUUAUAGCGUCCACUUAAACUUUUGUAUUCCAUGAAAUGCUUCAAGAACUUUUACAUUUUAUGGUGUAAUCUUUGACAAUAGCACAGAAGUCCAAAAAGAGCUAAAUUUAUUUGUUUUGCUGUUGUUUUUAUCCUGAACUUUUUAUUUUUGUGUCAUUGUACAGUCCCGUUGCUUUUCAGUUACUUUAAGAAUGGUUUCUGCUUAUUUGUUGUGGUUUUCUUUUGUUGUUGUUGUUUUUGUUGCUGUUAAGUUUGAUAAACCUAACGUUUUUUGUAUAAUUUGACAUGUUCACCUCAGAGAAUUUUAAGCUAAAAUAACAAUACAGUCCUGAUCUAAUUUCAGCAGAAUUCACAACAGUGACAUAAGGCGUCCAAGACAAUGUUCACAUGAGAAUUAAAUAAAAUAAAAGAUGAUCUCAAC